GUGUCGCUCUUCCGGCUCGAGUUCGCUCCCACGCCCGCCCGCAGCAUGUCCGAGACCGCGCCCGUCGCCCCCGCCGCACCGGCCCCCGCCGAGAAGGCGCCCGCGAAGAAGAAGCCGCGCAAGUCCGGCGGCGCCGCCAAGCGCAAGGCGUCCGGGCCGCCCGUGUCCGAGCUCAUCACCAAGGCGGUCGCCGCCUCCAAGGAGCGCAAUGGCGUGUCGCUGGCCGCGCUCAAGAAGGCGCUGGCGGCCGCGGGCUACGACGUGGACAAGAACAACAGCCGCAUCAAGCUGGGCCUCAAGAGCCUGGUGAGCAAGGGCACCCUGCUGCAGACCAAGGGCACCGGCGCCUCGGGCUCCUUCAAGCUCAACAAGAAGGCGGCCUCCGGGGAGGCCAAGCCCAAGGCCAAGAAGGCGGGCGCGGCCAAGCCCAGGAAGCCCGCGGGCGCGGCCAAGAAGCCCAAGAAGCCCGCGGGCUCGGCCACCCCCAAGAAGAGUGCCAAGAAGACCCCGAAGAAGCCCAAGAAGCCGGCGGCGGCUGUUGGAGCCAAAAAGGUGAAGAGCCCGAAGAAGGCGAAAGCAGCCAAAGCCAAGAAGGUGCCCAAGAGUCCGGCCAAGGCCAAAGCGGCGAAGUCCAAGCCGCCUAAGCCGAAGGCCCCCAAGCCCAAGGCUGCCAAGACCAAGAAGGCGGCCAAGAAGAAGUAGGAAGUCCCUUUGGCCAACUGUUAACACACAACACAACCCCAAAGGCUCUUUUCAGAGCCACCCAC